AUGGAGCUGGAUCUGAACGUGGCCGAGGUGGCGCCGGAGAAGCCGGCGGCGAUGGAGGCGAGCGACUCGGGGUCCUCAGAGUCGUCGGUGCUGAACGCGGAGGCGGCGUCGGCGGGCGGCGGGCCCGCGCCGGCGGAGGAGGGCUCCAGCUCGACGCCGGCCGUGCUCGAGUUCAGCAUCCUCAGGAGCGACAGCGACGCGGCCGGCGUGGACGAGGAUGACGCCGCCACGCCGUCGCCUCCUCACCAUCACCAGCAUCACCAGCAGCAGCUCGUCACCAGGGAGCUCUUCCCGGCCGGCGCCGGCGCCGGCCCGCUGCUCCCGGCGCCGCAGCAUUGGGCCGAGCUCGGCUUCUUCCGCGCCGACCCGCCGCGCCCUCAGCAGCAGCAGCCGGACAUCAGGAUUCUGCCGCACCCGCACCCGCACCCGCACGCCACGCCGCCUGCUCCCCAGCCGCCGGUGCAGCCGCAGCCGGCCAAGAAGAGCCGCCGCGGCCCGCGCUCCCGCAGCUCGCAGUACCGCGGCGUCACCUUCUACCGCCGCACCGGCCGCUGGGAGUCCCACAUCUGGGCGUACGAUCGAGCAGCGAUCAAGUUCCGCGGCGUCGACGCCGACAUAAACUUCAAUCUCAGCGACUACGAGGACGACAUGAAGCAGAUGAAGAGCCUAUCCAAGGAGGAGUUCGUGCACGUCCUGCGGCGGCAGAGCACCGGCUUCUCGAGGGGCAGCUCCAAGUACAGAGGCGUCACCCUGCACAAGUGCGGCCGCUGGGAGGCGCGCAUGGGGCAGUUCCUCGGCAAGAAGGCUUACGAUAAGGCCGCGAUCAAAUGCAAUGGUAGAGAGGCUGUGACGAAUUUCGAGCCAAGCACAUAUGAUGGGGAGCUGCUGGCCGAAGUUAGCGCUGACGUUGCUGAAGUUGAUCUGAACUUGAGCAUAUCUCAACCAGCAUCUCAGAGCCCAAAAAGAGAUAAGAACUGCCAAGGUCUGCAGCUCCACCAUGGUUCAUAUGAGGGCUCCGAAUUGAAAAAAACAAAGAUUGAUACUCCCUCUGAGCUGUCGGGCUGCCCUCAUCGGUUCCCUCUUAUGACUGAGCAUCCACCGGCCUGGCCUGCUCAAUCUCACCCCUUCUUCACAAAUCAUGAGAGUGCAUCAUCGAGAGAUCUUAACAGGAGGCCUGAGGGGGGUGUUCCCAGCUGGGCAUGGAAGGUGACAGCUCCUCCUGCCACCCUGCCGUUGCCGCUGUUCUCGUCAUCGUCAUCAUCCGCUGCAGCAUCAUCAGGAUUCUCCAAUACCGCCAUGACAGCUGCCCCAUCGGCCUCCCUCCGGUUCGACGCACCACCAUCGCCGUCGCCGAGCCAUCAUCGCUGCUGA